GAAGCUGGGACGGUUACAGUUUUCAAGUCAAGACUAAAAACGCACUUUUAUAAAAUGAAUAGGGCCCAAUGACUGAAUGUGAACUUACUGGAAACAUGUAUAAUAGGUACAAAGUUAGCUAAUGAGAUCCCCAGCCAGUCAGCUGAGUGCUCAGGGCCUUUGGACACAAACUGCUUCGAACCCUGUAGACUCCGGGAUAUUUUAAACAUGGAAAGUGAACACAGCACCUCCCAGAGUGAAGGAUAUAAAGCUGCACAAUGCUCUGUUUGACAACACACUGCAUCUGUGUGACCUGCUGCAGGGUGCUCUGACUAAGGCUGUUGGAAGACAGGACUCCUUGGCUGGGACAUUCUGAUCUCAUGAGAACAGGAAUGGAAAACACAUCUUACACUGAAACUUUCACACUCACUGGAUUUGGGGACAUGAAUAAAACUAAAUAUGUAUAUUUUCUACUUGCCCUUAUUGGGUACCUCUUGAUAAUCUUUGUAAACGUAGUUCUUGUGUUAGUAAUAUUUCUGGAAAGAAGCCUUCAUGAGCCUAUGUAUAUCUUUCUCUGUAGUUUAUCUGUUAACGCCCUUUAUGGAACUGCUGGUUUCUAUCCUAAACUUCUGGCUGAUCUUCUAUCAGUGACCCAAUUGAUUCCCCGUGCUGGAUGCUUCAUUCAAAUAUUUGUUAUCUAUGGUUAUGCAGCUGUUGAAUUUACCAUUUUGACAGUGAUGGCAUAUGACAGAUAUGUGGCCAUUUGUAAACCUUUACACUAUGCAAAUAUCAUGACAGAUAGAGUUGUUUGUAAAUUACUAUUUGGUGCCUGGCUGUUUCCAUUCUGUGACACGGCCCUUCCUCUUUUGUUUUCUUCAAGACUGCCUUUGUGUGGAAACCAAAUUGAAAGACUGUAUUGUUCCAACUGGUCAGUAGUAAAGCUAUCUUGUGUACCAACUACUCUUAACAAUGUUGUUGGUUUUGUAGUUAGUAUUUGUGCACUUUUUCCACCUCUGUUUUUUAUAUUGUUUUCCUAUGUAAAAAUACUUAUUGUUUGUCAGAAAAGCUCCAAGGAAUUCAGAAGGAAAGCUCUCCAAACAUGUCUCCCACAUUUAACUACACUGAUCAACUAUUCUAUCACCAUGCUUUGUGAAAUAGUUCUUAGCCGUUUAGACUCUACAGCUUUACCCCAAAUUGUUGUUGUCACCUUGUCAUUAGAGUUUCUAAUAAUUCCUCCGCUUUUGAACCCACUCAUGUAUGGUCUUAACCUGCCAGAGGUACGUAAAAGGGUUAGAAAUAUGCUCCAAAGAAAGCAGAUUAGAGCACUAUGUAACAUUCCACACAUGUUUUAUUUUAACUAUGCAUGAUUCUUGAGUCAGGACAACUGACCUGUGUAAGGAAGCUAGGGCUUAAGCUCAGUUUAAUUUGACCCAGAAAUCAUUCUUAUAUCAAACUGGGGCUGCUGCUUCAUUCCAUCUGCAGUCUACAUUUCAAUCCAAUAUGCAAUUGGAAGUUACAGGUUAUAAUAACAAAUAGGCUAACAGAUUAAAAUCCCUUUAUAUUCACUUUCAGUGCAUGUACCAAAUAAUGACAGGUAUGUUAUAAUUACACAUGUUGUGUUUGAAUAAAGUCACAGCUGAGACAGAAAAUAGACAGAAACAGAUGUCCAGUGUAUGUAACAUUCACUAUGUGCUACGGGGAUUUCCAUCUGAUAUCACAGAAUGAGGGAAAUAAAAACUGCAUUGUAUUCUGUUACCUGAAGGACCCUAUA